ACUUCAAGUAACGCCCUUUUCAAGUUUCGCCCCCUACUUCAAAUCACUCCCCUUUCAAGCCACGCCCCUCUCCUGGAGUCCGCGGACAGACGCGCUUGGAAUAAACAGCUGAAAUGGAUAUGGAAGAGAAACCAAAAUACGGAGAGCCCAAAAAAUUUGACCCCGACUUCAAAGGGCCCAUCCAAAACAGAGGAUGCACAGACAUUAUUUGCUGUAUCUUGUUCAUGGUGGCCAUAGUGGGCUACGUUGCGGUGGGGAUACUGGCCUGGAGCCACGGUGACCCGAGGAAGGUGAUCUACCCCACAGACAGUCUGGGACAGUACUGUGGCCAGGGAAAACUGGAGAAGAAGCCCUUGUUGUUCUACUUUAACAUGAUGAAGUGUGCCAGUCCCAUGGUCCUCCUCGAGUUCCAGUGUCCCACGCCUCAGGUGUGUGUAGAAAAAUGUCCAGAUCGCACUUCCACUCUGUUAACUGCCAUUAAAAACCCACCAGACUGGGAAUAUUAUAAAAGCUAUUGCAGAGAAGACCCAGGAAAUAUGCCAGUGCCGCAAAUUUUGCAAAAAAAACUGUGCCCUGCAUAUCUGAUUUCCAGCAAACCAUUUUUGCAGCGAUGUUUUCCAUCUCUAGGAAAAAAGGGUGAAGUCAUCACUGUGGGCGAUAAAGAAACAUUUAAUGAUGGAGACAAAAUAAGAGACGCUAAAGAUCUGGUGGCUGGAAUGAAUAAUGCAACAGUAGUGAUGGAGGGUCGUCAAGUUGCAAUGAAGAUCUUUGAGGAUUACACAAAGUCUUGGUACUGGAUCCUAAUUUGUUUGUUGAUCGCUGUGGUGCUGAGUCUGAUCUUCAUCGUUCUUCUGCGUUAUCUGGCUGGAAUCAUGGUCUGGGUCAUGAUCUUGUUGGUCGUUGCUGUCGUUGCCUGUGGUAUUGCUUACAGCAGCUUUAAGUAUGUCAAUCUGAAGGACACGGUUGGAUCUAAUAUCACCCUGAAGGAGCUGGGCUUCCAGCCUGAUUUCUCUGUGUACCUGCACAUCAGACAGACCUGGCUGGCCUUCAUCAUCAUCUUGGCUAUUUUGGAGGUCAUCAUCCUCGUUCUCCUCAUCUUCCUCAGGAACCGAAUCCGGAUCGCUGUUGAGCUCAUGAAGGAGGCCAGCAGGGCUGUCGGUUGUGUGAUGUCUUCGCUGUUCUACCCUAUUUUUACCUUCUUCCUCCUGACCAUAGUCAUUGCGUACUGGGGCAUCACUGCAGUGUUCCUCUCUACAUCCAGUGAACCUGUUUAUAAGGUUUUCAACGAAACCGUUUGUUCGCAUACAAGACAAACCUGUCAACCUGAGAACUUCACUCUUUCUCAUUUGAAGAGAGACUGUCCGCGUUCUGAGUGCCUGUUUGCUUUCUAUGGUGGUGAAACACCAUAUCACAAAUACCUGAUCUUGUUUCAAUUCUACAACGUCUUCCUGUUCUUCUGGUGUGCAAACUUUGUCACUGCUCUGGGUCAGAUGACUCUGGCAGGAGCCUUUGCAUCCUACUACUGGGCUCCUAAUAAACCCAAUGACAUGCCUGCGUACCCGCUGUGUGCCUCUCUGGGCAGAUCCCUCAGAUAUCACACAGGCUCCCUGGCGUUUGGUUCUCUCAUCCUCGCCAUCGUCCAGAUUAUCAGGGUUCUGCUGGAGUAUAUUGACCACAAACUCAAGGGAGCAGAGAAUAAAUUUGCCAAGUUCUUGUUGUGCUGUUUAAAAUGCUGCUUCUGGUGCCUGGAGAAGUUCAUCAAGUUUAUGAACCGGAACGCCUACAUUAUGGUUGCCAUAUACGGUAAAAACUUCUGCCGAUCAGCAAGUGAUGCCUUCUUCCUCCUCAUGAGAAACGUCAUCAGGGUGGUAGUCCUGGAUAAGGUCACUGAUUUCAUCUUAUUCCUUGGGAAACUCCUGAUUGUAGGGCUUGUGGGGAUCUUCGCUUUCUUCUUCUUCUCAGGACAUACGGAUGCGUUUAAGACGGCCGCUCCCAGUCUCCAUUACUACUGGGUUCCUAUUUUGACUGUGUUGGUGGGCACCUACCUCAUUGCACAUGGGUUUUUCAGCGUUUAUGCCAUGUGUGUGGACACACUCUUCCUCUGCUUCUGUGAAGACCUUGAGCGCAAUGACGGCUCUGCAGCACGGCCGUAUCACAUGACUUCAGAGCUGCGUGACAUCCUGAUGAAGGACACGGAUGCGGCUCGGACCCCUACUUCACGUGACGAGACCAUGCAGCUGACGGCUCACGAGAAAUCAGUGGAAAACUGUGGAAAUAUAAUCUUAUUUACUGAGUGAACCACAGGUGUUAUUGAACCUUGUGACCAUUGAGUUGUCAAUCAGUCAAUAAUUGUGUGUUAAGGGAAUAAAUAGACAGUCAGGGAAAAUUAGCUUCAGAAUAACAUGAAAAUGUAUUCACAAGCAACUUUUUUCAAUAAUGUGACGUUUAUCCAAGUGAAACAGGAUAAUAAAUCAUAAAAAGGUUACACUUUAUGAUGAGGUUCCUAUUGCUAACUUACUUAACUACUUAACCAACAAUGAAAAAUGCUUCUGAAGCAUUUCUUAAUCUUAAUAAUCUUAAUUUAAACAGUAACUAAUACUGAUUAUUCAAACCAAGUUUAAAAUGUGAAUAUUAAUAUAACAUGAACUAGAAAUGAACAGUUGCAUCUUUGUUUACUAAUGUUAGCAAAGAUUAAGAAAUUCUCUAACAAACGUAACUCAUUGUUAGUUUACGUUAGUUAAUUUGUUAAUUUAUGGGACCUUACUGUAAAGUAUGGAAGCCUGUUUCCGGCAACAAAAAAUAAAACAAGGUAAUUGUGACGUUUUAUACCACAGUUCUGACUUUAUUUUUCUCAAUAUUGCAAGAGUUAGAAUUGCAAGAUAUAAACGAGCAAUAGUGAGAAAAAUAGGAAAGUCUGAAUUGUGAGAUAAUCUCGCAAUUGUGAGAAAAGAACUCAGAAUUGUGACGUUAUAUUUUGCAAUUUUGACUUUAUAACUCACAAUUGCAACUUUAUAUCUCACAAUUAUGACUUUUUAUAGCUCGCAAUUGCUACUUUAUAAACUUACAAUUGCGAGUCAUAUCGCGAGUCAUAUCUCGUAAUUAUUGACUUUAUAACUUGCAAUUUUGACUGUUACUCGCAAUUUUGACUUUAUAAACUCACAAUUUUGACUAUAUAUCUCGUAAUUUUACUUUAUAAACUCGCAAUUGCAAGUUAUAUCUCGCAAUUGACUUGCAAUUUUGACUUUAUAACGCAAUUGCUUUAAAGUCAGAAUCGCCAGAUAUGAACUAACAGUUCUGAGAAUUCAGAAUUGUGAGAUAAAAAGUCGCUAUUAUCUUUAAAUAAAGUGUUACUAUUAAAACUACAAAUGAACUUGAUGAAAAUUCUUAAUGAAAGUUUGAUUCAUUGUUUUAGUUGUCUUUGCUGUCAGAAGAACAAUGCAUUUUGCUCUUUUUGAGUGUAUGUGUUUUGCUGCGGUUUCAGUCUAUGAAGGACAAAUAUCUAAUGUUGCUCUUUAUUUAAGUGUCAUGCGGCUUAUUUUAUUACUGUAUCUCCUCCAGAUUGCAAUCCAUAACUUUUAAAUGCACUUUAAGGUUGUCUUUUGUUUUUGGUAGCAGUUUGCAACCUACUGUACAUACUGUACUUCGGAAAAGCAACUUGUUGCCUUCUUGGAAAGCCUUUAUCUUUUUCUGUUGUCUUUUACAAUUUCUUUUAGGUGUCUCUUUCUUUUAGUCUUUAAUAAAUAUUAUGCAAGAAAGUGCAUUUGUUAUUUAGGUCUGACUAUUGUGUAUGAGGUGUUUAUUGAACACAGGCAUGUCACUUUCCUUUCUUCUAGUGUGCUAGCUAAUGGUAAACCAUGGGUUGUUUGUUCCUCAACAUGUCUUCUCACAUUCAUUUAUCACAGUGGAGGACCUGGAGAGGAACGACGGCAGCCCAGAACGACCCUUUCUGAUGUCUGAUAACCUCCGCAAUGUUUUGAAGAAGAAGAACCAGGCCAACUAGUCCUCACUGAUGGUCGGUCAGGGUUAUAUAUGUGCCUCGACAGUGCUUGAGAUAGAGGUGCCUCAAGUCAUUCUCAUUAUCAUGCCUUAGAGAACCAGACAAUCAUGUCAAUCAUGAAGCGCAUCAAAGUGAUAGACCUCAGUAUCUCAGCCAUAUGUUACGAUUUAAAAUGUGGAAACUUUUCUUUAGAAUGAGGUCAAAUUACACCUCUGCCUUUCCCCCCAAAGGUUUUAGGUUUAUUAUUUAUAUGUACGAAAAUCUUUUGCAAAAACUGCCAAAUGUUUUAAUUAACAUUUUAAAGAAUAACUGGAAGCCUCUCGGCUUAGAUAUUUUAUUUGGAUGUUUUGCCUGUCUUUAUAUUUAUGGUUUUUAUAUAAAAACACAUUGUGUUUUCUUUGCCUAUAUGUGUGCAGAAUCGAUCGUAGAAACAAUGUUUAGAUGUUGUACUUUGAUUAUCCGUUCAUUUCCAGUUCAUAGCCCUGUGUACACUAUGAUAAGUGCCUGCGUGAGGUAAAACGGUUUAAGACUUCUUGACUUUAACCGUGUUCUUGACUAUUCAGUGUUUUAAGUGUUUUGUUACACGUUGGUACACCUCAAUAAAGGAUUUUCUACUA